AUGUCAUUUAGGCCCGUGCCUCCUCGGCAAGUGGAACAGUUCGCUUAUGUUUUUAGAGCUAGGAUAGAGUCUUUAUGGAUAUUAUUUUUGUAUUUCCUUAAUGUUACCAUUAACAGGUUGUUACACCGAGCUGCAGGCUAUACCCCAGACACCACCUCCUUCCACCAGGACACCCCAGCUAAACGAGGCCUACUGGUGCGUGCUCUUGUAAGGUUGGUGACGACAGCUGCAGCAAGACACAAGGCACUACUGGCUGCCAAACCACAAGUGUUUAAUGCUACAAUAUUAGGUCUUCUGACGCAUAUGGAAGAUACACUUACUGCAACUGUGCCAAAGGAACAUCAGUGGGGAGAGGGUAGCAUCUUGGGCACUGAAUUGCUGGCAGUGGUAAGUGGAGGUGCAUCAUCCACAGCACUGCAAGAAUUGAGCAGUGCAGCAGUCACAUCAUGGCUAGUCACACAACCACAUCCAUCACCUGGACUGCUGCUUCCACUGGUUGCAUCUGCAUCCCGUACCAUUCUUCAUCUUAACCAUCGGAACCCCAUCUUGCAUGCUGGGCUGUCAGCUCUCUUCAGCAAAGGCGAUUGGUGUGGCUGGGAAGGGGAGGUGACUUGGGAACACUUGACGGGCAUUUUGUCUUUCCCUCUUACAAAUCCUACUGCUAUGUUGACCCUUGCUGCUCAGGAAGGCCAUUUGCUUGUUGUGUAUGCAUAUGCACGCUGGCGUAGACAACAAGUAGCAGUUACAACUGACAGUUUUCUACAGCUAACAACUCUCUUUGACUUACUAGAAAUUGUAACUCCAAAUGAAACAACUGAAUUGGAGCUCAUCCUGUUAUUGAGUGAAAUCCUCAAUCUCAUUGUACAUUUAGUAAAGGAAAAGGACAAUACCAGUGCCCUUUGGCAACAUUGCCGUAACUUCAUCUCCCAUCUGGCACUCUGGGCUGAGGACCGAAGCACCACAGGCAUCCUAGCAGCUAUAGGCCUUGGAAGACAGUCCCCACUUUCCCUUGCCAUUCGUCUGAUUUGCCGUGCACUCAGCACAUUCUUGAACCUACAGAUGCCAAAGGAAGGAGUUUUCCGUACCCAUCCUCUUCACACCCACAGUGACAUAGAUGAAACUCAAGACAGCAUCAAGAAUGAUCGGUGCACUUUGGAACAGUUAAGGGGCCUUACUGCAAAUGCAACUUAUGCCGGAGUAAGCCACUCUCUGGCAAAAGCCAUACAGUUUGUGGAGGACCCAACACACUGUAUAUCAGACGUGACCACCCUUCUGUCAGAGCUUGUGACAGACCUGAUUCCAAAUCCACUACUCCACCACCUCACCUCAACAGCUAAAAACAGAGCCACAGGUGGACCACCUCAGGCAACACCCUCCUCCCAACACUUUCCACCUGAGUCACAGAUGUGCUUCUCGGUCUCUUCCACCAGUGCAUCAGCUCCACCUCCACCACCUGAUGAUUAGUGUAGGCUUGAAUGAUAUUAAGAUCUUAUUGCACCAUUGUUUAGCAUGUUUUGAAUGUCUGGUAGCAAGAGGAUUAGUGUGUGAACUUCCUGCAGGUAAUGUGUGGUGUAAUUUGGUUUUGUGCAAUUUUGCCUUUUCUUUCUUUCUCUUUUUUUGUAUAUAUAUGAAAAAGUAUUGUUCUGUGCCAGAGUUUCAAUUAAAAUAGCCUGUGAUAGCCAUAAAGGUGUCAAAUGAAAACUGGUUUAUGUAUGACAUUUGCAAUAUGUAAGAAGUAAGAUCAGUUUAUAUGUGAUUUUUUUCUACAGUGUGUAUUCUUGUAGUCGUGUGUUCCUUUUAAAGUUUGAUAUUUAUAGAAAGGCCCUGAAAUUUUAGAGAUACAGAUCCUUUUUAUAAACAUUAGAUAUUUCUUAAUUUUACGAAUUAAUUGUUACUAAUUAAUCAAAUUUGGAGCUGCUCUGAAAUGAAGUAUAGAUAGCUACUUUUAAAUUUAGUUGAUUUUGGUUUGGUAUAAUUUAAAGUGGAACAUCAUCUAGAAAACUCAUAAAUUAAAACAUUUUUAUUGUAAUUAUAGGUUAAUGAGACAAGUAUACAACUUUUAAAUUAAAACAUUUUUAUUAUAAUGGAUAGGUUAAUGAGACAAGUCAUUUCAAGUAAUGUACUCUAGUCCAUAUUUUAUUUUCAUGAUCCAUGAUGAAAUAUACAGUACAUGUAUAGAAACUAAUGAGCUGAAAAUCUCCUUGAGCCCCGUCUAGGACAGCCAAUUGGUUCCCUUCUUGCAGGUUCAGCCAGAAAGCCAUGAAGCUGAACUGAAACCUGAUCUCACACACAUCUAUUUGGAAACUGGUUCGGAAUGUCCAUAAAUUAGCUGCUUAGUAUUUUGAGCAAUACUAAACACUUAUUUUAUAGGGACAUGAAGUGGAAGCAAAUGCCACUGCAGAGUAGAUAAAAGUUCAAAUUUACAAAAUGGUAUAUUACUGUUACACGGACUAUGAGCAAUUCAUUAAAAAUUAACUCACAUUGAUAUGGCAAAUGCAUAAUCACACCAGGUUCCUGACUGUCAAAGCACAUCAACUGACCUGUCAAUUACAAUUCUCUGAAACAUUUGUGCUUCCCUGUCUUAUCAAUUAGAUUUAUCACUAUAUUGACUAAAUAUACAUAUUUUCAAUAUUCAUACAACCAUAUAUAACUUUUAAAAUCUUCAAGGAUAACAGAACACAUAGUCUCGAGUUACAGUAUAUACAUGUAGAACAAGGGCAGUGGACAUUACAUAUAUACAGGUUGGAGGGGGGCAGUUCUCUUGGUUACGUCUCCAAGCGAUGAGCUGGAAUGAAAAAAUAUUAUUAGUUGGUUACGUUUCAGGUGUACUAAGAAAAAUGUAUGUGACCUGGUCCAGCACAUCACUUGCACAAGCUCAGGUUAUUAAUUUCAAUGGUCAGUCCUUCAACAGAUCAACUUGAAGAACAUCCAAACUCAAGACAGACUACACCCACAUAACAUCAUCAUCCUAUAUUUAUAGUGCAAUAGUUCAAGGCUACUGCCAGCACUAUGAUUAUAUCUCAUUUUACAUAUCAACACAAAUUAUCUGCUUUUAAUCAGGUUAUUUGUAUUCAAUCUACUUCUUGUUAUUUCCCUUUCUAUUACUGCAGAAGCAAAACUAUCACUACACACAGGACUUUCAUUUUAUAAUUUAGCUUAGUCUUUAUAUGCUCUUUCAACCACCAAUAAAAAAAAAAAAUUGUUGUAACAAUAAAACUGUCUUCCCCAAAAGCAUUCCAAAGACCAUUAUACUGUAUUUUCUCCAGAAUGAUGAAAUUUGCGAAAAUUAAAAUGGCAAAUAUGAGAUUUAGUAAAUUAAGCCUAUCAUGUCUGUUCAUGCACUAACAAACUACUAUUUUUCAACUACAAAAAAGAAGUGAUCAAAACAAAACAAUAAAACAUUUUAAAUACAGA